AAGUGAAAUCACGGGCCCAACCUUCUUCUAUUCUUCUCGUUCGUUGCUACAUCCCAACUCACUUCGUACCACCUGCCUGCUCGUCUGAUCCAUCUCUCGUCUCUCGCAAUCUCAAUCGAGCAUCAAUCACGCGAUGGCAAGCUGGCUGGAUCUCAUCGCUCUCAUUGCUACGAUAUCCGUGUUUGCGGGCAUCGUGUACGGUGCGCUGCUGCUCGUGCGCUCGGUGUCUCAGGGCAUCGAGUCUGCCAAGGAAGGCCUAAAAAAUAAAGGAAGUGCGUUAGCGUUCCGCCCCUUAGGCCUACGGCCGCAUAACGAUACAUAUGACGCGAAUUGCAGUGCUCGUCACGGACAAGGCGUGGAAGUGAAGACAUCCAAGCGCUUCGACAGAGAGGAUUACGUGGACGCCACACAAAGGAACUUUGUGAAAGCCGUCAACGCGGCAUCAUUCCGCAAGAAUGGGGCGCUGGACUCGUCGCCGACCCUGUCCCCUCCCGCGCUUUCCACUGCGCGGUCUUCCUCCAGUGAUGGCGAAAAGAAAAGCCGGAAUCCAUUCAAGCGCGGGGUCAGUGAUUCUGGAAAAGACAAAUGA